GAGAGGCUCCAGAUCCCUCCCACUUUGGAUAUAAAACUCAGUUCUGAGCAGUUCUGCACUUACUACUUUGCACAGCAGGUGACAGUCACAAGGCCAAGGUCUAGAGAGGUCAGCAUGGAGCUGGUCCAGGACACCUCCCGCGCACCUCUGGAGUAUGUGAAGGGGGUCCCUCUCGUCAAGUACUUCGCAGAGGCAAUGGGACCACUGCAGAGCUUCCGAGCCAGGCCUGAUGACCUACUCAUCAGCACUUACCCCAAAUCUGGCACCACCUGGGUGAGCGAGAUCCUGGACAUGAUAUACCAGGGUGGUGACUUGGAGAAGUGUCGCAGGGCCCCCGUCAUCAUGCGGGUGCCCUUCCUUGAGUUCAAGGCUCCAGGGUUACCCACAGGUAUGGAGGUUCUGAGAGAUACACCAAACCCACGGCUCCUCAAGACCCACUUGCCCCUGGCUCUGGUCCCUCAGUCCCUGCUGGAUCAGAAGGUUAAGGUGAUCUAUGUUGCCCGAAACGCAAAGGACGUGGUCGUCUCCUAUUACCACUUCUACCGCAUGGCCAAGGUGCACCCUGACCCUGGCACCUGGGACAGUUUCCUGGAGAAGUUCAUGGCUGGGGAAGUGUCCUAUGGGUCUUGGUACCAGCACGUGCAGGAGUGGUGGGAGCUGAGCCGCACCCACCCUGUCCUCUACCUAUUCUAUGAGGACAUGCUGGAGAACCCCAAAAGGGAGAUUCAGAAGAUUCUGGAGUUUGUGGGACGCUCCCUGUCAGAGGAGACUGUGGAUCACAUUGUGAAACACACAUCGUUCAAGGAAAUGAAGAAGAACCCCAUGGCUAACUACAGCACCAUACCCACUGAAUUAAUGGACCACAACAUUUCUGCCUUCAUGAGGAAAGGGAUCAUGGGGGACUGGAAAACCAUGUUCACUGUGGCUCAGAAUGAGCGCUUUGAUGCCGACUACGCUGAGAAGAUGGCAGGCUGCAACCUCAACUUCCGCUCAGAGUAGUGAGUGGUGUUCACUGGAACCACUCCACAGUGAAUGGUGUGAAACCAGCCUGGCAAUGGCCUCGAGAAUAAAAUACAGUUUGUGUUGCA